AUGGUAAUCCUCAGAGCUCAAAAACGUAGCAUAGUUUUAGUCCCAUUUCCUUACCAGGGGCACACCACACCAAUGCUUCAGCUGGGGAAAAUUCUUCAUUCCAGAGGGUUCUCCAUCAUAGUUGCACACACUAAAUUCAACUCUCUCAAUACUUUGAAUCAUCCUGAAUUCGUUUUUUUCCCGUUAGAGGAUAAUGUAUCUGCUGGCCUUGAUACCUCUAUCGGUAAUAUAUCUGCCGUAAUCACAGCUAUAAAUGAAAAUUGCAAAGUUUCCCUCCAAGAUUCACUGGCUCAAAUGAUGAAAGAUCGGGAGAACCAUGGCCACGUCUGUUGUAUAAUCUAUGAUGCAGUCAUGCACUUUAGUCGCUCUGUGGCUAAUCAUUUGAACAUAUCCAGCAUGGUCUUAGGAACCUUCAGUGCUUUUUACAUGCAAACUCAUCAUACCAUUCUUCGACUUGGUGCAGAAAAUUCUAUUCCCUUACAAGAGUCUAAGCUGUUGGAACCUGUGCCUGAACUCCACGCUCUUCGGUUUAAGGAUCUACUAAUACCGGUUAACACCGAAAUCCCCCAAACAGUGCUAGAGUUGUUGAAAGAUAUCAGCAAUAUAGGAUCCUCAAUUGGCAUCAUCUGGAACACAACAGAGGAUUUGGAUCACAAAUCAUUAUCAGAACUUCGUCAACUGUAUAAAGUUCCCAUUUUUCCAAUAGGUCCUUUUCACAAAAUAGUUCCAGCGUCAUCAACUAGUUUCUUGAAAGAAGACACGAGUUGCAUAGAAUGGCUUGACAAGCAAGCUCCUAACUCAGUCCUCUACAUAAGCUUGGGCAGUUUAGCAUGCAUAGAAGAGAAAGAGCUAGAAGAGACAGCUUGGGGACUGGCAAAAAGUGGCCAACCAUUCUUGUGGGUUGUCCGGCCAUGCUCCGUCAAUGGCUCGAACUGGAUUGAGCAGUUACCCAACGGGUUUCAAGAUUGCAUUGGAGAAAGAGGUCAAAUAGUGAAAUGGGCACCUCAAAAGGAGGUUCUUGGACAUCCGGCAGUGGGCGGAUUCUUGACUCAUUGUGGUUGGAAUUCAACACUCGAAAGUCUCUGUGAAGCUGUUCCAAUGAUCUGCAGACCCUGUUUCUCGGACCAAAUGGCGAAUGCAAGGUAUAUAACCCAUGUUUGGAAGGUAGGCUUGGAACUAGAAGAGGUGAACGAUAGAGAAGUCAUAGGAAAAACUGUCAAAAGACUUAUGAUCGAAAAUGAAGGCAAGCAAGUGAGGCAGAGAGUGCUGGACAUGAAACAAAAACUGGAUACUUCAAUGAAGAAAAGUGGUGCUUCAUACCAGUCCUUGAGCGACUUGACAGAUUUCAUCAACUCAUUUCCUCUAUGA